UCACUUUCAGCCAUUGCGCGCGCCUCCCCGGGGUGCAGCCCGGCUCCUGCCUGUUUGCAUAGACGCACGGGGCAAUUGAAUACAAAAAGGGUUGGCCUGCUGCGCCCUCCUUCCCACCCCCCCUUCCGAGCCUGGGUGUGGAGCGCGGGCCAGGUGUGGGCUGGGGUGGCUGGUUACCGCCUUUUGCACAGGCGGCGGCGAGGAGGGGGGUGGGCACGCUUUCUUUUUCUCCUGGAAGAGGGUUUAGCACAAGUUCUCGCCUUCCCACUUAAACGCCACCUCGCCGCUUCCCGUCUUCCCCUUCUCCCCCUCCCCACUACCGUCAUGACGGCGUCUCCGGAUUACUUGGUGGUGCUUUUUGGGAUCACCGCGGGGGCCACCGGGGCCAAGCUGGGCUCGGAUGAGAAGGAGCUUAUCUUGCUGUUGUGGAAAGUCGUGGAUCUGACCAACAAGAAGGUGGGACAGUUGCACGAAGUUCUAGUUAGACCAGAUUCGUUGGAACUGACCGAAGAUUGUAAAGAAGAAACCAAAAUCGACGCCGAGAGCCUGACCUCAGCACUUCAGCUGGACCAAGCCCUCCGACAGUUUAACCAGUCAGUGAGCAAUGAGCUGAAUAUUGGGGUAGGAACCUCCUUCUGUCUCUGUACUGACGGGCAACUUCAUGUCAGGCAAAUUCUGCAUCCGGAGGCUUCCAAGAAGAACGUAUUAUUGCCUGAAUGCUUCUAUUCCUUUUUUGAUCUUCGAAAAGAAUUCAAGAAGUGCUGUCCUGGCUCUCCUGAUAUUGACAAACUGGAUGUUGCAGCAAUGACAGAGUGUUUAAAUUUUGAGAAGAAUGACUUAGUCUCCCGGUAUGGUGCCUCUCAAGUUGAAGAUAUGGGAAGUAUAAUUUUAGCAAUGAUUUCUGAGCCCUAUAAUCACAGGUUCUCAGACCCAGAGAGAGUAAAUUACAAAUUUGAAAGUGGCACUUGUAGCAAGAUGGAACUCAUCGAUGACAACACAGUUGUCAGGGCUCGGGGUUUGCCAUGGCAGUCUUCGGAUCAAGACAUCGCAAGAUUCUUCAAAGGACUCAAUAUUGCCAAGGGAGGAGCAGCACUUUGUCUAAAUGCCCAGGGUCGUAGGAACGGAGAAGCUCUGGUGAGGUUUGUCAGUGAGGAGCACAGAAACCUAGCCUUACAGAGGCACAAACAUCACAUGGGCACACGGUACAUUGAGGUUUACAAAGCAACUGGGGAAGAUUUUCUUAAAAUUGCUGGUGGAGGAGAAAGACAGACUAGAGCACCACUCAACUCAGGCAUGGUUGAGGGGCUGGGGAUCAAACCUGGGGCCACUGGGACCUCAGGUACAUCCAAUGAAGUGGCUCAGUUUCUCUCCAAGGAAAACCAAGUCAUCGUCCGCAUGCGGGGGCUCCCGUUCACAGCCACAGCUGAUGAGGUGGUGGCCUUCUUUGGACAGCAUUGUCCCAUCACUGGGGGGAAGGAGGGCAUUCUCUUUGUCACUUACCCAGAUGGCCGGCCAACAGGAGAUGCUUUUGUCCUCUUUGCUUGUGAGGAGUAUGCACAGAAUGCAUUGAGGAAGCAUAAAGAUCUGCUGGGUAAAAGAUACAUUGAGCUCUUCAGAAGCACAGCAGCUGAAGUCCAACAGGUGCUGAAUCGAUUCUCCUCAGCCCCUCUCAUUCCACUUCCAACCCCUCCCAUCAUUCCAGUACUACCUCAGCAAUUUGUGCCUCCUACAAACAUUAGAGACUGUAUACGUCUUCGAGGUCUUCCAUAUGCGGCUACCAUCGAGGACAUCCUGGACUUUAUGGGGGAAUUUGCCACAGAUAUUCGGACUCAUGGGGUACACAUGGUACUGAAUCACCAGGGCCGCCCAUCAGGAGAUGCCUUUAUCCAGAUGAAGUCUGCGGACAGAGCGUUUAUGGCUGCACAGAAGUGUCAUAAAAAAAACAUGAAGGACAGAUAUGUUGAAGUCUUUCAGUGUUCAGCUGAGGAGAUGAACUUUGUGUUAAUGGGGGGCACUUUAAAUCGAAAUGGCUUAUCCCCGCCGCCAUGUAAGUUACCAUGCCUGUCUCCUCCCUCCUACACAUUCCCCGCCCCAGCAGCAGUCCUCCCCACUGAAGCUGCCAUUUAUCAGCCCUCAGUGCUUCUGAACCCACGAGCGCUGCAGCCAUCCACCGCCUACUACCCAGCAGGUGCUCAGCUCUUCAUGAAUUACACCGCCUACUACCCUAGCCCCCCAGGUUCGCCCAAUAGUCUUGGCUACUUCCCUACAGCUGCUAAUCUUAGCGGUGCCCCUCCACAGCCUGGGACCGUGGUCAGAAUGCAGGGCCUGGCCUACAAUACUGGAGUUAAGGAAAUUCUUAACUUCUUCCAAGGUUACCAGUAUGCAACCGAGGAUGGACUUGUACACACAAAUGACCAGGCCAGGACUCUUCCCAAAGAAUGGGUUUGUAUUUAAGGGCCCCAGCAGUUAGACCAUCCUCAGAAAAGAAGUGUUUGAAUGAUGUUUGGUGAUCCUCAGACCAUCAGACAAGAGACGGCUUCUGGAAGCAUCAGGGAAAGUUUGUCUCCACUUAGGCCGCAGUAUUUUCAGCGAACAUGAUUGGACAAUGGGUUUAUUUAUGCCCUAUUUUUUUUGGUGGAGUGAAAAUUUUGAGCCAGUGAAGCCAAAUCUUCAAAGCAAGAAGUUUGCCACAGCUCCUUGCUGAUUGCAAAUAGUCAUUUAUUUAAAAAAUGUGAAUUUGAAAUUCAGGUGUCUCUUAAAUACUUCCAGCUAGAGUGGCACCAUAGGUGUUGCCUAUGUUUUUAAGUCUUGGAGGAAAAAGAAAUACCAUUCGUAACUACCAUCUCCACCAGAAACUCUGUUCAUGGAAGUUCAUUUUUGUGUAUCCCCAGCUCCUAAACUAGAAGAAAACCACCACGCAUUCUCACCAGACACAGUUUAAAAGUUGAACCUUUUUCUUAAAAGCUACCAGUUUAAAAAAAAAAAAAAAAACUAGGGGCCAAAAUGCAAAGCCAAAAAUGAAAGCUACAGAUAACUUAGUGAUUUCUAGUUUGAACUGUAACAAUAUUGUGGCUUCGUUUGUAUUAUUUUAGACUGUACUUUCCCCGUUACUGAUGGUGUAGACUUUAAUGAGAGAUUUCAUAGUUUUACUAUCACAAAAAUGAGGUGUGAAUGAACAGUGUAUUCUAGAAAGCAAUAUACUAACUAAAAUGAACCUUGUAUAUAUUAAGAUAGCCUUAAACCUUUUUCUCUAAUGCCUUAGCUGUCUUGGAUGAUGAAAACUUUUAAAACACUAGUGAUGUAGUCAGUGUGCUAGAAUGAGAGACUAAAUACUGAUGUAUAGUUAGCGCAGGUACUGAUGCUAUCUGUGUUUAGCACUGCUUGGCUGUCUUUAUGCUGCAAAAGUGCAAUAUUAGACACUAGCUAGCUAGUACUGCUGCCUCUUAGAACUCCAAAAUAAAAAGGAAAACAAUUUGCGUAACUAAGUGUACAUAUUUAAGUUACUCAUUGUUCUGUGCUUGGAUGCAAUGCCAUGCAGACUUAUGUGGCUGCUAUUUUUAUUUACUUUGCAUGACUUUGAUUAACCUUGAAUUGAAAACCAAACAUACCUUCUACUACAUCUGACCACCAAAUGGCUGGCCUUUCAAUGGCGGUCUGGGAAAAUUAACCAUUUUUGUGUGAAAAUUGUGUGAUAACUGGCACUUACGAUCAGAUAAAGAGUUGUUUGAAUUGAUGUAUCUUGAGAUGCUGUCUGCCUAAAGCUCUGAAGACUUUAGGCUAGAUGGCAACACAUAAUACCAUACUACUGAGUUUUUGUAGUGUUAACAUUUGAUAAUAAAAUUUGCCUGUUUAAUCUCAAA